AUGUUUUCCCUGUCGAGCACCGUGCAGCCCCAGGUUACAGUUCCUCUGAGUCAUCUUAUCAAUGCCUUCCAUUCACCGAAAAAAACAUCAGUUUCUGUCAGUGCAUCCAUUUCUCAAAACCAGCAUCGAGAUGUUGGGUCUGAGCAUGAGGCCCCCAGCAAUGAGCCUGUACUUAACUUAAGGGACCUUGGAUUAUCUGAAUUGAAAAUUGGACAGAUUGAUCAACUGGUAGACAGUGUACUUCCUGGAUUUUAUAAGGACAAUAAUGUUUCUUCCCAUUGGCAUACAUCUCAUGUAUCUGCACAGUCCUUCUUUGAAAAUAAAUAUGGUUGCUUAGAUAUGUUUAGUACUUUACGUUCCUCUUGCUUAUACAGACAACAUUCAAGAACUCUUAAAAGAAUUUGUUCAGAUCUUCAGUACUGGCCAGUUUUCAUACAGUCUCGGGGUUUUAAAACUUUGAAAUCAAGGACACGACGUCUGCAGUCCACCUCUGAAAGAUUAGCAGAAACGCAGCACACAGCACCAUCAUUUGUGAAGGGGUUUCUUUUGCGGGACAGAGGAUCAGACGUUGAGAGUUUGGAUAAACUCAUGAAAACCAAAAACAUACCUGAAGCUCAUCAAGAUGCAUUUAAAACUGGUUUUGCAGAGGGUUUCCUGAAAGCUCAAGCGCUAACACAAAAAACCAAUGAUUCUUUAAGAAGAACUCGUCUGAUUGUUUUUAUUCUGCUGGUAGUUGGCAUUUAUGGACUCUUAAAGAACCCAUUUUUAUCUGUCCGCUUCCGGACAACAACGGGGCUUGAUUCUGCUGUAGAUCCUGUGCAGAUGAAAAAUGUUACCUUUGAACAUGUUAAAGGAGUGGAGGAAGCUAAACAGGAAUUACAGGAAGUUGUUGAAUUUUUGAAAAAUCCACAAAAAUUUACUGUUCUUGGAGGUAAACUUCCAAAAGGAAUUCUUUUAGUUGGACCACCAGGAACAGGAAAGACACUUCUUGCCCGAGCUGUUGCUGGAGAAGCUGAUGUUCCUUUUUAUUAUGCUUCUGGAUCAGAAUUUGAUGAGAUGUUUGUGGGUGUGGGAGCCAGCCGUAUAAGAAAUCUUUUUAGGGAAGCAAAAGCAAAUGCCCCUUGUGUUAUAUUUAUUGAUGAAUUGGAUUCUGUUGGUGGGAAGCGAAUUGAAUCUCCAAUGCAUCCAUAUUCACGGCAGACUAUAAAUCAACUUCUGGCUGAAAUGGAUGGUUUUAAACCCAACGAAGGAGUUAUCAUCAUAGGUGCCACAAAUUUCCCAGAGGCAUUAGAUAAUGCCUUAAUACGCCCUGGUCGCUUUGACAUGCAGGUUACAGUUCCAAGGCCAGAUGUGAAAGGUCGGACAGAAAUCUUGAAGUGGUACCUCAAUAAAAUAAAGUUUGAUCAAUCUGUUGAUCCAGAAAUCAUAGCUCGAGGUACUGUUGGCUUUUCUGGAGCAGAGUUGGAGAACCUUGUGAACCAGGCUGCGUUAAAGGCAGCUGUUGAUGGAAAAGAAAUGGUUACUAUGAAGGAACUGGAGUUUUCCAAAGAUAAAAUCUUGAUGGGGCCUGAGCGUCGAAGUGUGGAAAUUGAUAAUAAAAACAAAACGAUCACAGCGUAUCAUGAGUCUGGUCAUGCUAUUAUUGCAUAUUACACGAAAGAUGCAAUGCCUAUCAACAAAGCUACAAUCAUGCCUCGGGGGCCAACACUUGGACAUGUGUCCCUGUUGCCUGAGAAUGAUCGGUGGAAUGAAACUAGAGCUCAGCUGCUUGCCCAGAUGGACGUCAGCAUGGGCGGAAGAGUGGCAGAGGAACUUAUAUUUGGAAGUGACCAUAUUACAACAGGUGCUUCCAGUGAUUUUGAUAAUGCAACCAAAAUAGCAAAGCGCAUGGUCACCAAAUUUGGAAUGAGUGAAAAGCUUGGAGUUAUGACCUACAGUGAUACAGGGAAACUGAGUCCAGAAACUCAAUCUGCUAUUGAACAGGAAAUCAGAAUCCUUUUGAGGGAUUCAUAUGAACGAGCAAAACAUAUCUUGAAGACUCAUGCGAAAGAGCACAAGAAUCUGGCAGAAGCUUUAUUGACCUACGAGACUUUGGAUGCCAAAGAGAUUCAAAUUGUUCUUGAGGGGAAGAAGUUGGAAGUGAGAUGA